AUGUCGACAUCACCGCAUCAGCUCUUCCUCCUCGCCGACCACAUCAAGCUCUCCCUCCUCGAACGCCAACGCGCGCUUUCCCUGAAACUUCCAGGCAACAACACAAACGAAGGCCCCAUAACCCGAUCUUUGGAAUCUUUGCGCUCGGGGAUUGAGACGCUAUCCGCACAAGCCGAAGAAGAUGGUGGAGAUGUUUCCGAACUCCAGCGCUUGAAGAAACAAUACGAGGAACUGAAUAUGCAGUUUCAAGGAUACACAUCCACGACUGCUACGACGACGCCUAAUGAUAGUGCUCUGGCACCUGAUUUCGCCGCUGCAAAAGUCACACCCACUGCGCAACGAUCGAAAUCCGUCCGUUUCGAUAAACCGUACAGGGAUUCUUCACCGCCUGAUGCGAAUCGUGGGAAACUGUUCAACAACGCUACUGGCGGACAAGGACAAGGGCAAGAGGAAGCAUAUACAGAUGAUCCUUCCCCGCCUGAUCACACUGAUCUGAGUAAUGAGCAAAUUCACGCUUAUCAUAAAAAUGUGCUCGGCGAACAAGACGCACAGCUCGAUACAUUGUCGCAGAGUAUAGGGCGCCAACGCAUGCUAGGGAUACAGAUGGGAGAUGAGAUGGAUGAUCAGAAUGCCAUGUUGGAUGAUGUGGAAAGAGGAGUGGAUAGGUUUCAAGGAAAUCUCGAUCGCGCGAGAGGGAGACUUGGGAAAGUGGCGAGGAAGGCAAAGGAUAAUUGGUCUUGGGUCACUAUUGCGGGGGAGAAAGAGCAGAGGUGA